AUGCGCGCUUCUUUGCUGGCAGCCUUCACGGCGGCUACUGCUGCCACGGCGCUACACGUCGCAGAAAACCAGACUUACAUCACUCUCGCCAAUGAUCGCCUCACAGCCGUUCUUCAGAAGAGUGUUGGUCAGAUCGUCGAUCUCACUCUGGAUGGUCAGGACUUAUUGGGCACCCAGUCGGGAUCCACUGGAAUAGGGCCCUAUCUUGACUGUUACUGCACCCCUUCGGGCUUCUACACAGCUGGUGCCACAUCACCGAGCAUGGAAGUAGUCCAGGGCACAGAUUCAACUGGAACCAAAUAUGGAGGCAUGAUUCUAAGUGACACAUAUACUCCGACAGGCCAGCAAUUCCAGCAAUACUGGUUCCUGCGCGAUGGCGAGACUGGUUUGCAUAUGUUCAGCCGAUUGGCCUACCAUAAUGAGACCACUCCUUACCUUCGCAACUUGCAGGAGUUCCGAACCUUGUUUCGUCCAAAUACCGAUCUCUGGACGCAUCUGACGUCUAGCGAGCUCCAGACCGCACCCCGGCCAAGCAAAGACGCGAUUUCGAAGCAGAUUGUUGUUCAAGAUGCAACCUGGGCAUUCAAUAACACCCCAAGCGAUGCGUACUACACCCAGUUCUCUGAAUACUUUACUAAGUAUACAUUCUCAACCCAAUGGAGAAAUAACACAGUUCACGGUCUCUAUGCUGACGGCAGCACCUCAAACGGGGCAACAUAUGGAGCAUGGCUAGUGAUGAAUACUAAGGGACCACUCCAUUCUGACUUGACAGUGGACGGUAUCGUUUAUAACUAUAUCGUUUCAAACCAUCAUGGAGAGGGCACGCCAAACAUCACAAAUGGAUUCGACCGCACCUUCGGUCCCCAAUUUUACCUUUUCAAUGGCGGCAAGGGCUCAGCAUCUCUCCAGGAACUGCGAUCUGAGGCAGAGGAAUUCGCGAAUCCUCAUUGGAACGCUGCAUUCUACGAUUCCAUUGCAAAACAUGUCGUCGGAUAUGCUCCCUCAAGCCAGCGAGGCAGUGUCAAGGGAACCGUGAAGCUUCCCAAGGGGGCCGUCCGCCCGAUUGCCAUUCUCACUGUUGACGGUCAAUACUUCCAAGAUAAUAGCGCCGUUCCAAGCUCCUAUCAGUACUGGACUGAUAUCAAUCAAGAUGGAGGCUUCAGUAUCGAUCGUGUUAAAGAAGGGAAAUACCGGCUCACUAUUUACGCAGAGGGGAUUUUUGGUGACUUUGUGCGCGACGGGGUCAUCAUUCGUGCAGGAAGGCAGACUGCACUACAUGAUAUCUGGAACCAGGAGUCGGCGGGAACCGAGAUCUGGCGGAUUGGGAUUCCCGACAAAUCGUCAGGGGAGUUCCGACGUGGCAAUGCGAGAGACCCAGCCCAUCCGCUUCAUCCUCCCGAGUAUCUUAUCUAUUGGGGAGCUUAUGACUGGCGUGCUGAUUUCCCUGAUGGUAUCAACUACACUGUCGGUACUAGCGAUCCUGCCACUGAUCUCAACUCUGCCCAUUGGUCGGUUUUCGGGCCAACGGCAAAGGAUUCCCACGUCGAGUAUGACACAACGUACGACUGGAACAUCAAUUUCAAGCUCAGCUCCAAGCAAUUGAACAAGCGUAAAACAGCCACAUUGACCUUGCAAUUAGCGGCCGCCAAGACCGCAGCAGGCAACACCGAUGUGUGGAAUCCCGUCGAGCCAUACAACAAUUUGUCACUGGAAAGUUACAUCAAUGGUCAGGCCGAUCCCCUGACUCUCACAGUUGGGUUCAAUCAGUCAAGCAGCUGUAUUGUGCGAUCCGCUGUAAGCUGCUACCAGGUUGGGUCACGAAUGGAGUUCCCUGCAGAUUGGUUACAUGUCGGAGACAAUGUGUUGCGAUUGCAUUUACCUUUCAACGCAACGGAUACAGAGACUGCCAUUCUCCCCGCCACUGUUUAUGUACAAUACGAUGCUAUCCGGCUAGAGCUGAAGUAA